UCUUCAACCAGUCAUCUGCAAACCUGAAAGAUAAUUUCUGAACGAAAAAAAUAGCAAAAAAAAAAUUCAAUUUCAAUUUUGAAGGACUGUUAUCAUGUAUAAUCCUUAAAAUUUUAGAGAAUAAUCCAAAAUCUCCCACCUAACAGCAAUCUCGAAUGCUCCCAAAUUAGAGAAGUUCAAAUUCACACGUGGGCACACAAAACAAAAGUGUGUGCUCGAUUCUCGUUAUUGUGUCUCCCUAUAAUUUGUCUGGAAGAGUCUCAACCACAGUUUCUCCAUUAAGCUUGGGCUGAAUAUGCCACCUCAAUAAUCCCACGGUAGAUUUCUCAAAACAAUAUCCGACUGAUCGAUUAAUUCCUUUUAUUCCACGACCAUUUUCAUACUUCGAAUCCUCGUCGGCUCACCAGAUCAAUUGGGACUCACGGAAUCCAUCACUAUUUAUUUCGUUAAUUCCACUCCUGUUAUGGUAGUCAAGAUCGAACUCCUAAAUUUGGAUGCUACUUUACAGGUGUUGCACAUAAGUCUUAGUUAGCUGGGUGUCCGUUCUUCACACAUAAGAUCAAGGCCAAAGAUACAGAUCUGUACGGUUUCUGAGGAUUCAACACAGCUGAAAAGCCAUAAAAUUAUUGAUGGACCGUGUUUGAUAAAGAUGAUUGUCUCUAAUGAAGGAAUAUUUUUUAGUGCAAGCUUUGGAAACGGUUCAAAUUGGGAUUUGUGAUUAAGAACCAAAUUGUAGCCUAGUGCAAGGAUCUAGAUGGCUGCAGCAUAUAGGUCUGAGAUACUACUGACUGCUGGUCAGGGAUGUCCAUUGUAAUUGUGUCAUCUGAAGUAUACUUUAUGUACAGAGCUUUCUAUUCUUUUAAAGACGUUAAAACCACAGCAUCAGCUUAAAACACUCUAUAGAGAUGUUUGCAAAACUAAUGGGCAGGCGGCUAAGUCGCAAGCCUGCAAAAUCUGAGACCAAUGGAACAGGGGUGCCUGUACAUUCUGUGAGAGUUCUGGACGAGCCCUCAAAGGUCUCCGUGGAGAAGGUGACUUCACCUGCAAGAAAUGGAUUAAGCUCAGUGAAUGCCGAGCUGCUUUCAAAUGUUGAGACAUUAAAGUCAGUAGAACCUGUAAAUAAUGACAUAGGCAGUAAAGUUGCUGUGGCUCUUCCAGUCCCUACUCCUGGCUUGCAUGCAUCUCCAAUGGAAGUGAAUGACAUGAUGGAUAUGAUAGGUGAUGAUUUAUCUCCUGAUGAUUCUACCGUUGUUAGUACAGUCACUGUUGAAAAUCUACCAUUAUUAAGAGAUGUUCCUGUAGCUGAACGGCAUGAUCUAUUAAUAAAAAAAUUGAGUCUUUGCUGUCAAUUGUAUGAUUUCUUGGACCCCAAAGGGAAUGUUACAGAAAAAGAGAUCAAGCGGCAAACCUUACUUGAGAUUGUUGACUAUAUCCAGUAUGGAGCUGGGAAAUUUACAGAGAGCAUUCACAGGGAUAUUGCCAAUAUGCUUGCAGUGAACCUUUUCCGUACCAUGCCUCCAGCAUACCAUGAAAGCACGGGAUCUGAGAAAUUUGAUAGAGAAGAAGAGGAUGCCUGCAUGGAACCCGCAUGGCCACAUUUGCAGUUAGUGUAUGAGGUCUUCUUACAAUAUAUAAUUUCUACAGAAACAGAUCCCAGAAUAGCAAAGAGGUAUAUAGAUCGCAUCUUUGUGAUGAGACUACUUGACCUGUUUGAUUCUGAAGAUCCCCGUGAGAGAGAGUAUUCAAAGACUAUAUUGCAUCGCAUUUAUGGGAAAUAUAUGAUGCACAGGCCUUUCAUACGGAAGGCAAUCAACAAUAUAUUCUAUCGUUUCAUUUAUGAAACAGAGAGACACAAUGGUAUUGGAGAGUUGCUAGAAAUUCUGGGAAGCAUAAUAAAUGGUUUUGCAAUGCCUCUCAAAGAAGAACAUAAACUCUUUUUAGCAAGAGUUCUUAUUCCUCUGCAUAGGCCGAAAUGUAUUUCUUUUUACCAUCAACAGCUAUCAUACUGUAUCACUCAGUUUGUGGAAAAAGACUACAGAUUAAUAGAUCCUGUUAUCAGGGGUCUGUUGAAAUUUUGGCCUGUCACAAAUAGUCAGAAGGAAGUUAUGCUUCUGGGUGAGUUGGAGGAACUUCUAGAAAUAACUCAAUCCCCAGAAUUAGAAUGUUGCAUGGUCCCUUUAUUUCAACAGAUUGGCCGUUGCCUGCAAUGCUUACAUUUCCAGGUAGCAGAACGAGCUCUUUUCUUUUGGAGCAAUGAUCACAUUGUCAAUCUGAUAGCACAAAAUCGAAAUGUUAUCCUUCCUCUCAUUUUUGAAGCACUAGAAAAGAAUACAGCAUGUCAUUGGCAUCACUCAGUGAAUGGCCUUACAAUGAAUGUAAGGAAAAUGUUUAUGGAAAUGGAUGAGAACUUGUAUAAAGAAUGCCAGGUGAAGUUCCAGGACAAACAAAACAGGACAAGAGAAAAUGUAGAGAAGCGGGCAAUAGCCUGGAAACAGUUGGAAGCGGCAAGUACAUCCAAAGGUAUCAAUGAAGAGGAAUCUAUAAUGAAGCUUCCAGCUAGCUGACAUACUCUGACUAAGCAGCUGAAAUUAUGUUUUGAACCAUCUGACAGACUAUGACUAAUGAAAAUUUUACACAGGAAUUUUUAUUGGAUGACUCAAUUAUGCAUUCAUCUUUUGAUGCAUUUUGUAACGAGUGUGAUUGGGAGAUGGGAUGCCAUACUGUUCUGAUUGAGCUGGAGAGGAUCGAAGGACAUUUGCAGUUAGAUGACCUGGGGCUUGCUUUGCUAGGCCAAGAGAUUCCGGUUCAUUAAUUGGUGUGUUAUAUGAUUUAUAUGGUGGCCUUAGGCUUGCUUUGCUAGUCCAAGAGAUCCUGGUUCAUUAGUUGGUGUGUUAUGAUUUAAAUGGUACCAACAAUUUACUUUUGGAAAUUCUUUGGAGGUCUGAGAUCUUUGCUCUAGCAUUUCCUAACUGGAUGGAGGACUGCAAGUUUGAGUACAAAUUCAUGAACAGCUUGCACUACACUCCCAAACAUGUAAUUAAGCAGUAAUUUGCAUUGAGGUAAUCGUAGUUCUCAACCAUCUCUUUUAAAUAUUGUCUGGAACAAGAGGCUUCAUGAAUAGGGGUGUGCGAUCUUUCAAAAUGUAUUAUUAUUUGCCCUUGUACUUUAGUUAUUGGUUCAUAUCAAUGGUUAAUGAUUUUAUUGAAUGAAAAUAACAUUGAUUUCUCAUAA